AUGGCCAACAGUAAAAACAAGACUCUCUUCUUGGUAUAUCCUUGCCACAUUUGCCAAGAUCAUCGACCCGGUUACCAAAAGGCCAACAAGUGCAUUGCACACAUCCGAGAACACCAUGGUUAUGUAUUCCCCAGUCGAGCCGUUGGCAUCAAUCGACCAAGAAACAUAGAUUACUUUUAUGAAACUGAUAGCAACAAGGAGUACGAUGAACAGCAGUUUGCUUGUCCAAGCUGCUGGUACCACACAGAUGAUUUGGGGCUUCUCAACAAGCAUAUGAAUGACCAUGAUCCUGGAGUCACUGUUCCUCGUCGCAGGUCUGGUGCCAAGAGUGAUCCUGAUUUUGUCUACAAUGGCAAGUUUUUUGAGAAGGAAGCUGUACGAUCUAUAUUUCAGCAGAUAACUGAUGUUACCGAGUUAUUUAAAGACAUUUUGAAGCUAAAGGGAUAA